GCAAAGCUGCUCCGUGAAAAGAGUGGUUUCCCUGUCCUAGGAGUCCCUGCGGAGGUCUGGUCUCAUCCACCCUUCACCUGCCUGGAUGAAAACAAGAGGGACAACCUCUGUGAAUCCUUCUCCAACUGCAGGCAAAUCUUCUGCCCCAUUUGGUGCUAAAAGUCUCUUUCCCUCCCAGUCACCAGGAGCCGGGCAAACUGACAAAGGGAUUUCGUUCCUUGGGAAGUUUGUUCCUGGCUUCUCCCAGGGCCCGCCGUUAAUCCCCGGAAGCCUGGCUGACCCCAGGAAGCUUGGCUGCCCUCCGCAGCAGCUGCCUGCAGACACGUCCCCGGCAGGAAUCAUAGAAUCGUAGAAUCAUUAGGGUUGGAAAAGCCCUCUAAGCUCAUCAAGCCCAACCAUCAGCCCAACCCCACCAUGCUGACUAAACCAUGUCCUGAAGUGCCACCUCUACAUGUGUCUUGAAGCCCUUCAAGGGCAAAGAGGGCAGGUCUGUGGGAUUCCCAACCGUGUAUCGGCAUCAAAGGCACAGGGAAGUGCUCGGAAGUGGUGGAAGAGGAGGAUGCUGGAUGCAGGCAGUGUUGCCUGCCCAGGUGCUGGGCUGUCCUCUCCAUGCCCUCUGCCUGCUCCUCCUGUCACCCGGCUGCCUGCUGCCUCUUCCCCGCGGCAGGUCCUGGACACCUGCAAGCAGACAGCACCCUCAGAAAGUCUGGGGAGGUGCUCUUGAUCAGGGAGAGCAGGGAAAGGGCAAGGGGAAUGGUUUCCAGCUGAAAGAGAGGAGAUUGAGAUGAGAUCUUAAGAAGAAAUGUGUUCUUGUGAGGGUGGGGAGGCCCUGGCCCAGGUUGCCCAGAGCAGUGGUGGCUGCCCCAUCCCUGGAGGGGUUCCAAGCCAGGUUGGAUUGGGCUUGGAGCAACCGGAUCCAGUGGGAGGUGUCCCUGCCCAUGGCAGGGGGUGGAACUGGAUGGCGUUUGAGGUUCCUUCCAACCCAAACCGUUCUGUGAUUCUAUGAAAGUCAGCCCAAAGCCAGUGUGGUGGUAGCAGUCAGCCGGUGCCCACCUUGCUGCCACGUCCUGCCCCAGCUCUGAGAGCUUUCCUGUCCCUCUCCCCAGCAGUGACUGCUGCUGCUCUGAGCCUCGCCAGCACUCACGUUUUACCAGCCAUAAAAGUGUCUGGAGAAGGAAAGGGAGCGACAGCAUGCCAGGCGACAGGAGGGAGCUGUGUCUGCCCCUGCUGCUGCUGCAGACCCUGUCCCACCACCCAGGACAGUUGGCUGCCGGCCCCCCUGUCAUGACCCAACCUGUCCUGCCUGGCUGGAGAGAUGGUUUAAAGAGCCACUGAGACAAAACAAGCCAGUGGCAAUUCCCCAGGCAUUGGGAUGUUUGUCACCCAGGGCUGCCAGACAAGGCACAAGGACCACAGGACCCAGAAAGACAGGAGCACAGUGGCCAUUUGGGCACCAGUGCUGAGCUCUUCCCUCUGUGCUCCAGCUCAGGCUCAAUGAGCCCGAAGGCUCCUGCAUCCUCGUUUGAAGGUGCCAUUCUGCACGCUCAGCGCAGCAUUUGCUCACUGACCCACGCUGCCGGCUGCAGGACCCCAAACCCAAUCUUGCCUGCCGAGGAUGCUUGCGCCUGUGCUCCCUCUUUGCUUUAUCCGAUGCCUUCUGCAUUUCGAACGCCCCAAGCCACCGGUGACCCCGGUGCUGCCGCGCACGGGCUUGCGACAUCUCCACUCAGCCCCAGGGUGCUUUGAUGCUCAGCAGGUCCGGCGUCCCCCACACAGCCCCCCGCGCUUCCCGUGCAUCCCAGUGCCAGCUGGCCCUGCUGUGGGAUUAAGCGGGAGCACGUGAGGAAAACCCCGAGCAUCUCUCCGGCUCAAACGCCCACAGGGCGAUGGGGAGGGGGUGUCAUUCACCACCCCCACCUUGCGCCAGGCUGGCUGGGAGCUGCCCGGCACUGGAGCUGGGGCGAGCACGCAGCCACCAUUCAUUGGCAGCAGGAGGGAGGCAAUCAGGGGAAUCAGUCAGGUGUGGACGAGGUAUGAGGGGAGGCAGGGAUGGAACCGCGCUCGUGACAGCUGGUGCUGAGUGCUCGCGCGCAUCCCUCCUCCCGCCAAGAUGCAGCAGGGCUGGCCAUCCCUCUGCUGCGUCUCCACCAUCCGCAGCUCGCAGGGACCACCCGAGUCAGCCACCGCCGCUCACUUCAGCUUCUGCCGCAGCCUCCUGGAGCACACAGUCUCAGCCGAAAACCUCAACUACCGCCUGCAGAGGAACCCGGGCAGCAGCCUCACCUGGCACGACGGCCGGAGCCAGCGGCCCGAAGGCGGCCGGACCGUCAAGCUCCUGCGGCAGCCGGGCACUGAGGGCUCGCAGGGCCGUGCCUGUGACCACUAUGGCAUCUACCACACCAGCCCCACACUGGGCAGCCUGGCCAAGCCAGUGGUGCUCUGGACCCAGCAGGACGUGUGCAAAUGGCUGAAGAAACACUGCCCACAUAACUAUCUCAUCUACGUCGAGGCGUUCUCCCACCAUGCCAUCACAGGUCGGGCGCUGCUGCGACUGAAUGGGGAGAAGCUGCAGCGCAUGGGGAUCAUUCACGAGGCACAACGGCAGGAGGUCCUGCAGCAGGUCCUGCAGCUCCAGGUGCGCGAGGAGGUCCGAAACCUGCAGCUGCUCAGCCAAGCUUCUUUUGGAAAUGUCUCCUAGCUGAUCCAUCUGUUUGGCAGAUUGUACCAACACUGUGAACCGAGCACCUCUGGGAUGGGCUGUGCAUCGCCGAUAUGAGACCUGAACCUCACGCUUGGAAUAUGAAGAGACAGCUUCCCAGCCAUGCCGGGGCUUCUCUCCUUCCUCUUCUUUCUCUUUCUGUUUUAUGAACACAUUUCAGUGCAGAGAUGAGAGGUUUCCUCCAGCAAAUGUGGCUCUGGGCUGGAGCAAAAUUAGCAAAACAGACGCUGGGACAGAUGAACUUUUGCCCACCUGAGCCUGAUGGUUCACAGGGAGAGAUGGAAAAAAGGAGAUGAUGACAGGCAGGGCUCAGCGUUGUGGAUAAAUCAGGCAUGGUUGUUCUCGGGACAGCUCAGAGCCGUGCACAGGACGGUGAAGCCUUGCGCACAUGGGCAACAUCCCAGCAGCUGGCAGCUCGUGGCUGUACCUUGGAGCUUAUUUAGGGAGCUUUAGUUUUUCUCUUUGGACUGGGCUGUCUUCCAGCAUCCCAGGAGGUAAUGUUAUCAGUAGCAAACAAGAUGACCCGACCAAAACUGAAAGCGGGGCCAAGCCACCAGCACCCAGCUCCACGUGGUGAAUUAAAAAGGAAGCUGAGUCAUCGGAGCUGGAAAAUCCAUGAGGAAGGGCAGAGUGGAUGUGCCAGGAGGGUGCUGUGGUCCGGAGGAAGCUGUGCCAGGAGCUCGUUCUUCAUCCACCCUCGUUUGCAGGCAGACGGGACAGCUGAUGCAGGGGCCGGGUGGGUGCAGCCAGGGAUGCUGCUGGGUGGUGCUGGGCGCUGCCCGGGAUGAGGCUGGGAUUGCUGGGUGGUGCUCCUGCAGCCCAGACGUGCUCCCUCCUUCACCCUCUGUGCUCCCACCAGCUCUUUGCAGAGCUCCACUCCUCUGGGCAUUUGCAAAUGCUCAUCCCGACCUCCUGCCCAGGGGCUGGUGAUGGUGCCACUCAACCCAGGCACCAUCCCGAUGUCCCAGCUCCCCAUAAAGGUGAAGCAAUGUUUACUGUUACACCUCCAUCACCACCAAACUCCCCUGUCCGGAGACACAGACAACUCAUGUGGGCAGGUAAGGAAAAACAAUGCAUCGAACUGAUGAUUUGGGGGCAGGGUAGAUGCUGUCACCUCCCCACAUGCACCAUCAGGUGUUGAGGGCAGGGCUGGGGAGUAUUCUUGAAAUGACAGCAUCCCAAAGCCCCUGGGGCAUUGGAGCUGGCAGGGAUACAGGGGGAAGGUCACGGUGGCCCCCUGAGCUGGGUGCCCAGCCACCCGCCUGCUCCUCUGCCAGUAAUAAAAUAAGAGACUGUUAUUUUAAUUUGCUGCUCUUCUGACUCUUCGCAUGCCUGAACCUGCCGCCACAAGCUUGGUCCCUCCAGGCCUUCUCAAGGAUGCUCAGAAGGUGUCUACAGCCUUAAAUCCCUUGGGACAAGCAUUUCCAUGGGUAGCAAGGAUCCUUCUGGACAGCCCUGCAGGAACAAGCCUCAUCCUGGGGGUUUGUCAGUAUUUAAAUCCCUCCCCAGCACCACAGAACCGCUGCAGGAAUGAGAACAGAAAAGCUGCUCAUCUUUGCCUGUGGGUGGUAGACAGGCGGAUUUGGGGUUGUAGUUACCACUCCAGCACAGGUAACGCAAAACGAAGGUCUCCAAACCUCAUCUGUGAGCAGCAUUACCUGGCUAAGGAGCUGUGCCAUGUGGGGUGGGACAGUGUGGGGCUGAGGGCAGGGCUGAGGAGCACAGCCUGGCAGCAUCCCUGUCCCAUCACUCGACACUGCUCCCCGCUAAAGGAGCUGGAAGAUGUCCACGGGGAUGGGAUCAAAGAGGAGCAGAAAGCAAGUUGUUAGCACC